CCUUCCCUGUUGGUGAGCACGAGGUCAAGCACGGCACCUCUCCUUGUUGGCUCCUCUGUUACUUGCAGGAGGAAGUUGUCUUCCACACAGUCAAGGAACCUCCUGGACACCUGACACUGUCUAACUCUAACCAAUGAACAUCAUGUUAUGAGUUACUAAAGAUUACUUUAAUUGCAGGAAGAAGAUUCAGAACGUCUCAAUGCAGCUUUCGCUUCAAUUGUGAACUUGAUGAAUCAAGCCUCAAAGGAAUGUGAGAAGUAUUAUAGCUCUAUGCCAACCUGUACAUGCAAAAAGCAUGAAAUCAAACACAUCUGUAGAUACCAUGCCAGGCAAGCAGGGAAAAGAGAGCUGGAGUCCUCUGAAGAAAAGAGGGCUGAAGCCUCUGUACCACCCAGUCAAGCUCAAACUUGCCAGCAAUGUGCCAGACAAGGUUCUGAAGACAUCUACAUUGAAGUUUCUCCUGGCUUCUAUUCUGUCACAGCAACCUCAGAAGACAUGGUGCAACAAACCCACAUGGUGGAUGUCCAUGCAGGGCAAAGUAUUGAUUUAACUUUUGUUCUAUGACAUUUGUUGUUCCUUGGCAAUCACAGGAAUAAAAUAUGAGACUGUUUUAAUGCAUGUAAUGAACUAUGAAUAUAUUUUUCUUGUUAGCACUUUAAUAGUAUCCUCGUCUUUGCAACUCCAUUUUUAUGACCUGUGUAUUUGUUUUCUACUUAAUGCAAUCUUACGCAGCCCACUUUGUACACUGAUUUGAUAGAUAUUUGUACAUUGUGUGCCUUAAAUCUAAUUAUGUGACUUGUAAUUCUAGGUUCUUAUGUUUUAAACAAUUAAAGAUACAAUCAGUGGAAUAAAAUACAUUAUUUAGUCUU